AUGUGGCUCUUUCGUGAGUUUAGUGUUUUCCUGGGACUGCUCUUCGUUCUCGCAGCCCAGGCUGCGAACGGCCGGAGAGGUGUGAGGCCUCGGGGUGAUAAGUUGGCCCCAGCUAGCCGGUCGGCCCUGACGCUCCGUGCUAGCGCCGCCGCUGGAGUGAAGCCCCGGGUUACAGUGCGAUGCGAGGAGGGCUCUAUGUCGGUGGCUGUACCCCUGGACCUGUUCGGGACGGGUUACCUGGUUAAUGCUGGCCACCUGAGGCUGGGAAGCUGCAGUUUGAGCCGAGUGGAGCCUCGGAACGGGACGCUGCUGUUCCGCACUCCCCUGCAUCAGUGUGGCGCCACUUGGAUGUUGAAUGUGGAUGAUCUUAUUUACAAGACCAGCCUGCAUUACCUACCCUCAAUGGAACAGACUAUAGUUCGCAGCAAUCCAGUCACCAUUCCCAUUGAGUGUCAUUAUUCCAGGAAGGGGAAUGUCAGUGGUGCAGCUAUUGAACCAACCUGGGUGCCAUUCCGCUCCACUCGUGUUGGAUACAACUCCCUGAAUUUCUUCCUCACCCUCAUGACUGAGAACUGGACAGAAAAGCGAGAUUCAAAUGUCUACUAUCUGGGUGAUGAGAUUCACAUUGAGGCCUCUGUUGCAACUUUGAACCAUGUACCACUCAAACUCUUCAUUGAUCGCUGUGUGGCCACCGUAGGCUCUGAAUGGAGCUCCAACUCCAGUUACACCAUCAUUGACCACAAUGGAUGCCUCCUGGACAGUAAAGCUGGUUACUCAACCUCUUCCUUUGUCUCCCCACGAGUGAAGCCAGACACACUACAUUUUGUUGUAGAUGCUUUCCGUUUCUACCAGAAUCCCAGCAGCUUGAUUUUCAUCACCUGUCACCUGAGAGUUUCUGCCUUCCAGCAGCAGCCAAAUGCACUGAACAAAGCUUGUUGGUUUCAAAGGUCCAGCAGAAGCUGGUCCCUGGUGAAUGAGAGCUGGGUGGCCCCAAUGGGGGAGAGUGAUGGACAAGCCAUCUGUCACUGCUGCAACACUGGCAGAUGUGGAUCACGACCUCAGGGCAUGAAGAGAUAUUUACGGGAAGCAGAAUAUUCUCAAGAGGCAUGGGAAGCAGAUUCAACACUUGGACCCUUGGUCAUUGUGGAUCCUAAUGGCUUCAGAGCUGCCAAGCCUGUAUCUUCAGUGGGUGGUCUUGCUGAAAAGCACCAACUCUUCUCUAAUGGACACCUUCUGGUUGGCCUUGCUCUGCUGGGUGCUUUAAUGAUUCCAGUAGCUGGAUUUGCAGUCAUGGCUACUUAUCGGAAACACAUUAAGUCUGGUUCUGUAAUCUUGUCCAUGAGCUGA